AGAAAGGUCACGUGAUAAUUAACUCUAAACCGCGAAAUAGAAUGCACGUGUGGAGACUAUCGUGGCCCCGUUCUGUAAUUAUUCAUUUCAAUUAACACAUCAACACGAAACUCAGCGCCAGCAUGGGUGUUUAUCUAUCGUCACCUAUCACUGAGAAGCAUUCAAGUGACGGUCAAGGCAAGAAUUUCACGUAUGGAGCAUCAUCAAUGCAAGGCUGGAGAUUAACUCAAGAGGAUGCACACAAUUGCUUGGCAGAGUUUGAUGAAGAAACCAGCACAGCUAUGUUGGCAGUUUAUGAUGGCCAUGGAGGUUCUGAGGUGGCUGAGUAUUGUGCUUUACACCUUCCUGAUUAUAUAAAAAGUCUGCAGAGUUAUAAAGAUAACAAUUUAAAUUUAGCUCUGAAAGAAGCAUUCCUUGGGUUUGAUGCUACUUUAGUUACACCAGAAGUUGUCAAAGAGCUGAAAGCACUUGUUAAUCUUGAUAAAGGAAAAACCUGUCCAAAGUCAAAUACACAAAACCCAGGGCUCUACCACGAUACGCCAUCGUCAAUGUGUACCUAUGCGGCAGAUGAUGACGUCCAUGAUGAAAAUGAAGCAGAAAUGCUUCGGGCUGAUGCUAACAUUCCUAUCGAGGAAUUGGUGGCCAAGUAUCAGAAACAGGGCACUCCACAACAACUUGUUGGUAGCAAGAAGAAAAAGAUAUUUGAUUCACCUGCUAUUCGACCCAAAAAAUUAGCUUCAGAAGCAUCUGAUGAUGAUGCUGAAGCAGACAGUGGUGUCAGUUCCAGCAGUAGCAGCAUUGCUAAAAUCACAAAUGGUCAUGCAGAUAAUGAGAAUAAUCUUAAUACAGAAAAAGAAUUCAAAGCUAAAAACUCUGCUGCAGACAGUAGCAUAUCAUCUGAUCGAACUGAACUCCAAAAUAAUGAGGUAGAAGAAGCAAAGUGUUCAGAAAGUGACACCUCACAAAACUCUGCCCAAGACCUCAAAAGCAAUGCUAGUUCAUCCAAAACAGAAACUGUUGCUUCUUCUGCAUCCCAACCUUCAUCUUCCUCAUCAUCAUCUUCAUCAAUAUCAUCAUCCUCAUCAUCUACAACCUCUGCAUCCACAUCAUUCAAAGAUGAUUCUGAUGAAGCCCAAGCCUCCAGUUCUUCGUCUGUGCCUGGACCGUCAAGUAGCCAUGCUUCAAAUUGGGAACCCCAACCAGGCAGCUCUGGAUGUUCUCCCAAAAAAAAGUCUCUCCAUACAGGUGAGGAAGGUGAUAUGGAAGGAAAAGUUGAGGAUGAUGAUGAUGAAGAUGAAGAAGAGGACGAUGAGGAAGAUAGUGAAUUAGAUGAGUCUGAUGAAGAAUAUGAAGGUGACAGCAGUGAUGACAAUGGCCUAGAUGAAGAAGAUGAAGGCGAUGAUGAUGAGGAAGAUGAUUAUGAUAACCAGAAUUUAAUGAAAGACAGUGAAGAGCCUGGAAUGGACAGUGGUUGUACUGCCGUUGUUGCUCUGUUACAAGGACAACGGCUGGUUGUAGCUAAUGCUGGCGACUCACGCUGUGUCUUAUGUAGCAACGGCAAAGCUAUUGAUCUCUCAAUUGACCAUAAACCUGAAGACGAGGCUGAGAAGUCUCGUAUUGAGGCAGCUGGUGGUAAAGUUACAAGUGAUGGACGUGUCAAUGGAGGACUUAAUCUGUCAAGAGCAAUUGGGGACCAUUCCUACAAACAAUUUACUGAAUUACCACCUGAGCAACAAAUGAUAACAGCACUGCCAGAUCUCCAAAGUUGGACUUUAAGUGAAGAUGAUGAGUUUCUUGUUCUUGCAUGUGAUGGAAUAUGGAAUUUUAUGUCUAGUCAAGAAGUGGUCGAUUUUGUUAAGGAACGACUUGAAGAUCCUAAUAGAAAACCAAAUUUAUCGGCAAUUUGUGAAGAGAUAUUUGAUUAUUGCCUAGCCCCAAACACAAUGGGUGAUGGCACUGGCUGUGACAACAUGACCUGUCUUAUUGUUGAUUUCAAAAAGAGAAAUAUUGGUGGUAAAAAACGGACCUCAGAACAGACAGAAAAUUCUCCAGAUACACAAAACAGCAACAAAGUGGAGGCGACACCGUCUGAAGAUAUAGCUUCUCAGCCAUCAUCAAAACGAUCAAAGACUGAAGAUGAUGAUAAUUAAUUUUUAUUUGAAAUCUUUUCCCUCCCUCCCUCCCUCGAGACCAUGGCUUACA